GCGACGACCGAUGAAUUGGCUCUGGGGCGGGGGCGGCGACGACGCGGCCGAGCAGCUGCCUGUGAACCUCUCCAAGCUGCACAAGUCGGGGCGCAAUGUGCCCAGUGACGAAGAUGACUCGGUGCACAAGGACGAAGGCAAUGCGUGCUUUAACCGCAAGGACUACGAGACUGCCAUCUACCACUACACAUGCGGUCUCGCCGUGAAGCCGACCGCGACGCUCUUUAGCAACCGGUCGGCCGCAUACUCGGAGCUGGGCCAGUUCCAGAAGGCGCUAGCCGACGCCGAAGAGGCCGAGAAGCUCGACCCGCUCUGGGCCAAAGUAUACUCACGCAAAGGCAAGGCGGACUACGGCCUCCGGCAGUACAAGCGCGCGGCUGACGACUUUGCGCGUGGCCUCUCGCUCUCGAUGCAGCGCGCGGCCGAAGAGAGCGUGAAGCGUGACAAGGAGAUUGAGGCGCUCAAGAAGCAGGCGGCGAACCACUCGGACGCGUACAUGAAGCUCCUCGACGAGAACGCGAUGCUCACGCGGCAGCUGGACGACUACCGCGUCAUGUUUGACGACUGGGCAAAGAAACAAAUGUAGUCGAUCUU